AUGGACGGCGCGUCCGAGCACGCGCCAACGGCGUCGACAGCGCCGUACGCCAGACGACCCGGGGAGGGCGUCCGCACGACGUCGACGAUUCCGGGCGACGGAACCGACGUCGAGAUCAUGGAGGUGGACGACGUCGCCGAGCGCGUAAGAGCUUUUUCUUUGCGCCCUCUGGACGAUCUCGCGGCUAUGCUCGCAGAUGUCGAGGCGAAAAUACCGGAAAUGAACGAUCAAAUGAAGGCGGCCGCCGCCGCGGGGGAUUACGAGAUCGCGGCUGAUAUCAAAGCGAGGUCGACGAGGCUCGCGGAGAAGGCGGGCAUCAUCAAGCGCGCGCAAGUCGCCGCGAUCGCCGCGAAGAAAAAAAGAGCUCGGGACGAGCACGAAUCGAAGAAAAAACGAGCUCGGGAGGAGCGCGAAGGGCGAGGAGAUAUCGCGCUUCCAGCAGCCGCGGACGUCGCGGCCAGGGCGAACGCGGUGUGGGAUGCGCGCAUCGCCGAGAUAACUGAACCGCUCAAAAGCGCUCAAGACACGGUGCUCUGCAUCGUGAAACAGGGAGUGGAACUCGCCGCGGCGGGGGGCUCGACAAAGUUGAGAGUGCUCACUGGCGUGGUUCAGGAGGCCCUCAUACGUGCUCUCUUGCUCUUGACGUCUGAAAAAGCUCGCCAGCUUUAUUCUAAUCGAUAUCCUUAUCAAAAUGGCGGCCGCGGCUACCCGCUGGAUGAAAUAGUGGAGGAGUAUAUGGAUCAGAUGACAAGGAUGGCAGAUUUCACAGGGUUGAGCCCUGUGGACUUUCAAAUUAGCGCUUGGUUUCGCGAGAAGGUGGAAAGAUGUUUUCGAGAAGCCCCUGAGAAAGUUGUGGGAGGAAGAGCAAAAGCACAAAAAUCUUCAUCAUCCAUCCACAUAUGAUGAGCGUGAACGUAAAUUGGACUUCACACAGUCGGAAAUGGAGCACUUGCGCAAUCACUUACAUGUCUAUAGGAUCCGAGAAGACGACGACGACGCUUAAGAAGAAGCACCUCCAGAACUUCCGGUCGAUUACAUCUUAGACGUCGGUUACUGUUACGUACCAGUCGGUAAAAACCUUACCCGCGAUGAUAUUGUCUCUUUCUACGAUCUCUGUCACGCGUCGAGGACGCUACAAUACGACUCCUUUGAACUUGGACCUUAUCCCCUGAUGCAGCUAUUUUCUUUUUUUCUUCAUGAUAGUGAGCGUUUCGACAUCGAGCGUGAACGUUUCCUCGAAAUCGCCUCCUCGUUCGACGGCGAAUUCGUUCACAGCUUCGAAGACGUGAAGGCAGUGUGGGAGUCUGACGUAACUUGCCUCCAAGUCAUUUGGCACAUGCGAAAAGCAGGAUAUAAGGUAAGGAGUUUACCUACCUUAAUCGUACACGUACACGAGGAAGAGGAACAAAAUGAAGAUGGACAGUUGACCCUCGAGUCCAUUUUGUUCACGGUCGACUUCCUAGGUGCGGCGGAUCCUGCCGGCGAGAAAUCCUUCCGAAGAUACGCGCAAGACGAGUUGGAUGGAUUCGGCGCUGUACGUUUGCUAACUUAACAUGCUAUUUAAUGCGCAUCGAAAAACAAGACG